AUGGACUUGCCAAGGGCUGGGCGGCCGCGCUCCACACGGCAGCGCAGCCUCCCGGGCUCCGACCGAGAAGAUGGUGAGAUCUAUGUUCUGAGACAGGACGAAGAUGCCGGGGAGGAGGAGGAAGACCCGGAGUCGGAGGCCAGCCCGCGGUUUCUAGAGCCGCAGGGGACGCGGCGGGGCGCUGGCGCGCUUCCCCGAGAGUGCCCCGAGGGCGGCGGCCGCCGGAGCGACCCUGCAGAGUUGGGCGCCAAUUUCAAGGCACCGACCACGUCUGCGGCGUCCUCUGGGGACGCCCCUCAGCUGGCGAAGCCCCCAUACUCUUACAUCGCGCUUAUAACUAUGGCCAUCCUGCAGAGCCCGCACCAGCGCCUCACGCUCAGUGGCAUCUGCGCCUUCAUCAGCGGCCGCUUCCCCUACUACCGUCGCAAGUUCCCCGCCUGGCAGAACAGCAUCCGCCACAACCUGUCUCUUAACGACUGCUUCGUCAAGAUCCCCCGCGAGCCGGGCCACCCGGGCAAGGGCAACUACUGGAGCCUGGACCCCGCCUCCCAGGACAUGUUCGACAACGGCAGCUUUCUCCGGCGCAGGAAGCGGUUCAAGCGCCACCACCCGCCCCCGGGAGCCCACCUGCACCACCCCUUCCCUCUGGCCCCUGCACCCACCGUCCUGCAAGGUCCCCAACCGGGCCUCUUGCUCGGAUCCGCAGCCCCUCCUGUCCCGGGGACUCACCCUAUUGCCGCCCCGGGCAGCCGCCCGACCGCACUGCUGCACCCGCAUCCCCUUCGCUAUCUGCUGCUCUCGGCCCCAGCCUGUGCCACGGCGCGGAGGAAAUCAGAAGGGGCAGACCUGGAGAGGCCCGGCGUCUUCCCGGCGCUGCAGCCCUCCGCGGGCUCCCAGCCUUGGGAAGAGGGCAAGGGUCUGGCCUCGCGACUGAGAGGUGGAUGUACCUCUUUCAGCAUCGAGAGUAUCAUGCAAGGGGUCAGGGAAGGAGGUACAGGGACCGCGCAGAGUCUGCCCCCGGCCCCGUGGGGCUACUGCCACCUGCUACAGCGCCCGUCUAGCCUGUUGAAUCACCAGGCCACUGCCCCCUUGCUGCACGUGUCUGCCGCCGCCGCCGCCCGACGCCUUUUGCUGCUGCAGCAGGAGCAGCAGCAGCAACUGCAGGACUGCGCCAGCAGCUGCGCUCCCAGCAAGGGAGGGCUGCUGGAUCGUCACUUGUCCGCUGCCGCAGCCCUGAUGAAGUACCAGAACUCCGCAGAGGGUUCUAGACUGACAUCGCCGGCCUCCCCCUUGAGCGGAGAGGGAACCUUGCCAGCCUACUGA